GAGUUUUCCACCACCUACCCCUAGCCGGAAUCAGGAACCAUGGCCCGCCUCCUUGUAGUCUGUGUGCUCGCCGCGUUAGCCUGCUGCGUGGCCUCAUUCCAGCAGAGCGUAACGAGUGAUGCCUUCAACGGGGGAUUAGGAGGAAGUUAUGGCUAUGGCGGUGCUGGCAGCUCUGGAUAUGGCCUGGGUUGGGGAAGUCCCAGCUACGGUGGUUACGGCUCCUAUGGUGGUUACGGCUACCCUGGUUCCGGCUCCUAUGGCGGUUAUGGCUACCCUGGAGUGGGCUAUGGCGGCUGGGGAAAUCAGCAACAGCAGCAGCAGGUUUGGUUGUAAAUAACAUGCCGAAAAAGAAGACACACGUUGGCAUGAAACUGACUGUUUUAUAAUAAAGAAGCAGCAACAAUGUACUCAGAAAAUCAAAAA